CUGUCAUAUGAAAACUUUUUCACUCUUGACAGCGCAAAUCGAGAAUCGGGCCGUGCAAAACGAAAAAGUUUUAGCUCAUUUUUCGUUUGUAGUUUUUGUUCAUUUUUGCGAGCCACGCAACUAAAAAUGCUGUGGAAAUCGGUGAUUGCUUUGUGCGUCAUUGGAGUCGCCUUGGCCGAGCAGACGCCCGUUUUUCUAUGGGGUGCCAACAGUGCAACGAAGCCAUCGCUGCGCACUGUGCCUCAGGCUGAAUUUCAAGAGCAGUUGACGACUUUGCUCAAAGAUCACAUGGUUGUGGCCUUCGAGGAAAAUGGCUUAAGCAGCAAGGAUUUCCUGUGCUCCACCAACGAGGCCCAGUCCUGCUAUGCUCAGCUGCAGAGCGUCAGCCCCAAGACCUAUUACACAAGCGUCGAGAAUCCGGCUGAGGCAUUGCGUGUAGCUGCCCAGAAGCGUGAACACAACAGCGUCGAUGCCAACGGCCAGCUGGUGCAUCCAGUCAAAUGCGAGGCAGGCACCGCUCAGAUUGUUUCCUUUGAGAAUGUGGAAGAGACACGUGCCGCAACGCUCCAGUCACAUGACGCUGCCAUUGCUGCCAUCAGUCAGCAAUUGAAGUGCAAGGUUGCCUAUCUGUAUUUCGCUGCACCCGCCACGGCGCCCGUUGUCCAGCGUCGCGUCCGUCGUUGGACGUCGGCGGAGACAGUUACCAAUAGGUUCUUCAGUGGCAAUCAGUUUGCCAUUAGCUUCGUAAAUGUUGAGUACUAUAACCAGGCCGCUGGCACCACGACCCCACUGAAGGUUCUCGACAUGAAAAUCACCAACGCCACCAGCAUUAAGUUCUCCGUUGCCCUGUCAACCGAUGCCUCAAAAGAUAUCACCUUUGACGUUACCUAUGGCGCUGAGGAGGGCUACUAUACGGUGAGCAAUGCAGCCUAUGGCACCGAUACAUUCCGUACGCCUGGAGUGACCGCGCCGCCAAGCUUCUCGUAUACCUGCGGCAAUACCACCUGGUAUACACCCGUCAAUAAAGAAAACCAGAUUAAUUCGCUGACCUGGACCUCGCUCCAGCUGCAAGCGCCAUUCAGUGAUCAAACGCCGUCAGAUUUCGCAUUCGGCGAUUCCUGGGAUUGUGUGGGCUUCGUAACGCCCGGCAUUUUGAUGGGCCUGUUCGUCAUUGUCAUUUUGCUGGUGAUCGUCUUCCUGGGCAUGUGCUGGAUGAUGGACAUCAAGACCAUGGAUCGUUUCGAUGAUCCCAAGGGCAAGACCAUCACGAUCAAUGCUAGCGCCGAGUAGAUCGAGUAGAGUAGCUAUUACCGUCUUAGCUUCAUCUUUGUUUUAUUUUAUUCUCUUUGUUUACCUUUUGUGAAUAUAUAGUAGCGAUAUCCGAUAUCCGAUAUAUUCAAUAUUCAUUCCUACCUUCACAUAAUUACUAUAAUCAAUACUUAAAUAACAAACAAAACAA